AUGCCAUGUUUGUUGGUCCUGGCUUCGUCCCUCUGGGGUGGAAACCGGAAAAUUCUCAGGAUACCAUGUACCUCCAAUAUUGUAAAGUCUGCCAAGCAUACAAGGCACCACGGUCACAUCAUUGCAGAAAGUGUAACAGCACCACUGGGUUGUAUUCAUGCUGCCUUUAUUUUUGUUAUGACAAUGUAUACACAGCUUUAUAAUCGGCUCUCCUUUGGGUGGAACACGGUAAAGAUUGAUAUGAGUGCAGCCCGGAGAGAUCCUCUUCCGAUUAUUCCGUUCGGAUUAGCUGCAUUUGCUGCCACCUUGUUUGCCUUGGGAUUAGCUUUAGGAACAACCAUAGCUGUUGGGAUGUUGUUUUUUAUCCAGAUGAAAAUAAUUCUCAGAAACAAAACUUCUAUUGAAUCAUGGAUUGAAGAGAAGGCUAAAGAUCGAAUUCAAUAUUAUCAACUAGAUGAAGUCUUUGUUUUUCCUUAUGAUUUGGGAAGUAGAUGGAAGAACUUUAAACAGGUUUUUACGUGGUCAGGGGUCCCCAAAGGAGAUGGACUGGAUUGGCCAAUAAGAGAAGGCUGUCACCCGUACAGCUUAACAAUAGAACAGUUGAAACAAAAAGCAGAUAAAAGAGUCAGAAGUGUUCAGUAUAAAGUAAUAGAAGAUUAUAGUGGUACCUGCUGUCCUUUGAAUAGAGGAAUCAAAACCUUCUUCACGAGCCCCUGCACUGAAGAGCCUCGGAUAAGGCUACAGAAAGGGGAGUUCAUUUUAGCCACAAGAGGCUUACGAUACUGGUUGUAUGGAGAUAAAAUUCUUGAUGAUUCCAUUAAAGAAGAUGUUUCAAGAAUAAGAGGAUGGUUCCCUAGAAACUGUGUAGAAAAGUGUCCCUGCGAUGCUGAAACAGAUCAAGCCCCAGAGGGCGAGAAGAAAAAUAGAUAGCCACUUUUGAAGUAAAAUUACUCUAAGUCUGCUCCAUUACUUGAAAAUUGUACAUAUUACUAAAGAAUUAUGCAAUGAGUCUACUCUGGUUAAGGUGUUCUUUUCCUCAAAGGUGCCCUAAUGCCAUGAUCUAAAUAUUUUUAUUAUCAUUUUGAAAUGGAGAAGCCAUUCUGCACAUACCUUUGAAUUCCUGCACCUCGAUGCCACCGCUCCCUCUCCCCAAAAGGAAAAACACUUCACCCAAGUAAGUCGAUUGCAUUUUCUCUAGGAUUUUUUUAUGCACUGCACACGAUGGACCUCACCUGCAGAUAUAGUUCCCCCUUUGCCAGGAGCAUCUGCAUGUGAUGCUUUUAUCCUCUCUCCCCCUCUGCUGAAAUUUCUUAUGUAAUAUUCUAGAUACUAUAGAACUUAAUUUGCAGAUUCAAUGUAAGCUCAGAUUUUAUUACCCGUCUUUUAAUAAUGAAGAUUUUGUCAAAUCAAAUAAAGAUCAAUGGAU